AUGGCGCUGGACUCGAAGCUGCCGCAGCCCAUCGGUGCUCCUCAUGCAUCGAGGCAUUACGAGCAUGACCGUCAACCCUUCACCCGACGCAAAGCGAUCCGCGAGUUCCUCAAAGGCAUCUUCGUCGCUCUCUCCCUCCUGGCCUUCCUCUCCUACCCGCGCUCGACCUUGGACUACAUUUCCGAUCUCUCCAGCGGCGACCUCCGCUGGCCAUGGUCGCACCACCCCAUCAAGACCAACAUCAUCCUCCUCAUCAGCGAUGGCUACGGUCCCGCCUCGGUCACCUUCACUCGCCACUUUGCGCAGGCGCUCAACAACGACACCGACUACACGAGCCACUUUCAGCUCCCACUCGACACGAUUCUGGUGGGCACGCAUCGAUCGCGCUCCUCGUCGUCGUUGAUCACGGACUCGGCGGCAGGAGCGACCGCCUUUGCGUGCGCCAAAAAGUCGUACAACGGCGCGAUCGGGGUGACUCCGGACGGCAAGGCGUGCGGGACGGUCUUCGAGGCCGCCAAGCGUCAAGGAUUGCUGACGGGCGUGGUGGUGACCUCGAGGUUGACGGACGCUACGCCCGCAGCGUUCAUCUCGCAUGCCGCGUCCCGGGCCGAAGAGCCGUUAAUUGCGAGUCAGAUGAUUGGAGGUGACAAGAACCCUCUAGGUGAGCGAACGCUGGAUCUUGCAAUCGGCGGUGGUGGGUGCGCCUUCCUGCCCCAGUCCAGCGCAGUCUCCUGUCGACAGGACGAUGAGGACACGGUCGAAUACGCACGCUCGCUCGGAUGGGACGUCCGCCUCGCAUUCCCGACCAACACCUCCGCACCCCUCACCAACGACGUCUUCGCCGGCAAGCAGCCGAAGCUGCCCUUCAUGGCCCUCCUCUCGCCUAGCAACACGCCCUACGAGAUCGAUCGCGUCAACAUUCCCUCCCCGCUGCCGCUGGCGCCGCAAUCGCACUACGCGCGGAAAGCGAUCGACCUGCUCUCCGCCUCCUCCACCAAGGGGUUCAUCCUCAUGAUCGAGGGGUCGCAGAUCGAUCUGUGUGCGCAUAACAACGAUCCGGCGUGUCACGCACGCGAGGCGCUGGCGUACCACGAGACCAUCGCGCAUGUCAAACGAUGGGUGGACAAGCACAACACCCGCCGUGAGCGAUCGCUGCUGAUCUCGACGUCGGACCACGAGACGGGUGGUGUGACGCUGGGCAGGCAGUUGAGUGCGGACUAUCCGAACUAUGCGUACUACCCGGAACGGUUGCUGAAUGCCAAGCAUUCGACGCCGAUCUUGACGGCGGUGCUGAUCGACUUUGUGCGGUCGGAGGCGGAGAAGGCGGAGGAUGGGCAGGUGAGCGAGAGCCUCGUGCGCGACUUUAUUCGGGAGAAGAUCCUCGGUGCGUCAGGGUUGGGCUUCGAAAGCGAAGCGCAGGGGGGCAAGCCCACCGAUGGGGAGGUCGAUCGAGUCUUUGACAUCGUCAAAGAGGAGCUGCUGUCCAAACCCACCACCCUCUCGUAUACAGCGAUCAACCCGCAUGUAGCGACAAUGGACCCCGUGCCGGGCGUCAACCUCGACGAUAUCCGGCGCGUCAUCUCCGACAUCGCCGCCCGACGCGCAGAGAUCGGCUUCUCCACAAGUGGCCACACGGGCAUCGACAUCAACGUCUAUGCGUAUGGCGCAGAGGCUCGCCGCCUUGAGGGCAACCAGGACAACACCAAUAUCGGGCACGUCAUCAAGCGCAUGCUCGGGUUGGAUCUGGAUAGCGUGACCAGGGAUCUCAAUCGUAACAAGUAG